GCCCAGCGGGCCGCCUGGCACGGUGCAGAUCGGCACCAUGGCGGCCCGGCUGGCUGUGAGCUGGUUGGGGGCGGCACCAGCAGCUCCCCGGAGAGGCCCGCUGCUUUCCUGCCGGAGGUGGUCCGGCGCCUCGGCAGACACCGUGUACGAUGUGGUGGUGUCGGGUGGAGGCCUGGUGGGCGCCGCCAUGGCCUGUGCCUUGGGAUAUGAUAUUCACUUUUGUGACAAGAAAAUCCUGUUGUUAGAAGCAGGUCCAAAGAAAGUAUUGGAGAAGUUGCCAGAAACUUACAGCAACAGGGUCAGCUCCAUUUCCCCUGGCUCCGCAACCCUUCUCAGUAGUUUUGGUGCCUGGGACCACAUCUGCAACAUGAGAUACAGAGCCUUUCGGCGAAUGCAGGUGUGGGACGCCUGCUCAGAGGCCCUGAUAAUGUUUGAUAAGGAUAAUUUAGAUGACAUGGGCUAUAUAGUGGAGAAUGAUGUCAUCAUGCAUGCCCUCACUAAGCAGCUGGAGGCUGUGUCAGACCGAGUGACGGUUCUCUACAGGAGCAAAGCAGUCAGCUAUACCUGGCCUUAUCCGUUUCCCAUGGCAGACUCCAGCCCUUGGGUUCAUAUUACCCUAGGUGAUGGCAGCACCCUCCAGACCAAAUUGUUGAUCGGUGCAGAUGGUCACAACUCAGGAGUACGGCAGGCUGCUGGAAUCCAGAAUGUUAGCUGGAACUAUGACCAGUCCGCUGUUGUGGCUACUCUGCAUUUAUCCGAGGCCACAGAAAACAAUGUAGCUUGGCAGAGAUUUCUUCCCUCUGGACCCAUUGCUCUGCUCCCGCUCUCAGACACCUUGAGUUCCUUGGUUUGGUCCACAUCCCAUGAACACGCAGCAGAGCUGGUCAGCAUGGAUGAGGAAAAGUUUGUGGAUGCCAUUAACUCUGCCUUUUGGAGUGAUGCUAACCACACGGACUUCAUCGACUCGGCCGGCACCAUGCUGCACUAUGCUGUUGCCUUUCUGAAGCCCACUAAGGUCUCAGCCCGCCAGCUGCCCCCAAGUGUAGCCAGGGUGGAUGCCAAAAGCCGAGUACUGUUUCCUCUUGGCUUGGGACAUGCUGCUGAGUACGUCCGGCCUCGGAUGGCACUCAUUGGGGAUGCAGCCCACAGAGUCCAUCCACUUGCAGGACAGGGUGUCAACAUGGGCUUUGGGGAUAUCUGCAGCUUGGUCCAUCACCUCAGUACUGCAGCUUUCAAUGGGAAAGACUUAGGUUCCAUGAGCCACCUCACAGGUUAUGAAACAGACAGACAACGUCACAACACUGCUCUUCUGGCUGCUACUGACCUACUAAAAAGGCUCUAUUCCACCAGGGCCACUCCUCUUGUGCUGCUCAGGACAUGGGGCUUGCAGGCCACAAAUGCAGUAUCUCCACUCAAAGAACAGAUUAUGGCCUUUGCAAGCAAAUGAAUGCUCCCCUUCUGGAGAUUAUGUGGAUGACAAAAGAACAUCCAUUCCCAAGAUCAUCAUAUAGUCUCAAGAUUUAAUUUAAUUUAAUAAAAUUACUUUACCUUAGAAUUUUCCAGUCUAUUUUUCUCCUCUGCUUAAUGGGCCUAUGGACCCCCCAAAAAUGAGUGGUAAUUUGCUGUGAGGAGGGCAUAUCAACCAAGUCAAGAAAAAACCCCAAAGGAAGACUGUUAUGAUUUAGUUGAAAAGAGCUUUUUAUUACUAAAACAAAUCACUGAGGUGCUGUCUCUUUCAUUUUCACUUGUUAACAAUCCUUUCUAAAGAGAUUUACACAAUUGGUUUUUUUAUGCUGGUAAUAAACUUUACAAGUGGUUUUUGAUAAUUAGAAAUAUUUGAUACAUUUUUGGUAGAAUUACUGUUUUAAAAUUAACAUUAGAAUGCAAUUAAACAAAUUGUUUUAACUUUUGUUAUAGGUGCACUGGACUUUCUGAAAAGAAAACCGAAUCUUAUUAAUGCUAGUUAUUACUUCCUCAUUACAGCACCAGAUUUCAAUUUUAUUUAUGGUUCCUUUCUGGGACACCAUUGUCUGUUCAGUAAUAAGACAAUAAAUAAUUUCAUUGCACAGGUUUGAAGACCUCAGGAACUAGGUCAAAAGGAAAAAUCUGAUUAGCAGCAGAAUUUCAUGUUUGGUGGCAGACAGGUGGCCGACUUGGGUGUGGGGUGUGGUGUUUUGCUGUGGGUUUUUGAAGAUAACCUUCAGAGUAUCAGAGAUGCCUCUUGAAGAGAUUUUUAGGUCCAUUCCAUUUUGUAUACUGUAAAGAACAUCUCACCAAAAAGUGGUUUGAAGAUGAAAUGACAAACUGUCUGCUUGGAACCAAACUAAACUAUUCUUGGGAAUAAUUUUUGAAGGCAUGAGAAAUUUGUUACCACAGGAGAGCUUUUCAGGCAAAUGUGGAGAUUUUAUAAGGUACUAGAGUAAAAAAGUAACAAUGUCACAAAGCUUCCUGGAAUCUCAGGAAAAAUGUGCCCAGAAGAAGAGAUGGCAGCUACUGUGAAAAGCUGUGUGACUGACUACUGGCAGAAUCCAGAAAGGUCACUGUAGGGAAAAAAGGUCAUUCUUCACGAAAAGGGCAAGGUAGCCCAGAUAAGGAGACCAUGGACUCUCCAAAUGUAUGCAAACAAAAUCAGGCAAGAUAGGAAGAAUUUUAAGGCACACCUUGCAAGGACCUCCAUAACCCACAGAGGAUGUUCUUCAGAUGCUGAUGAUGAUAAACACAGCACAUCUACUGUGUUCUGGGCCGUGUCCUAAGUAUUUGAAAUACAUAGACACAUUUACAGAAAGGAAACUUAACCAGCAAUAUUUAGACUCUGUAGGAUCCCUUAAGAGGCCCAAAAGGAACACUGAGGGGCAGAAAGGACAUUAUAGACAAAUCGUUUUUUCCUAAGAAAUAAAAUUCUCACUCCAAAUUGCUCUUAAAAUGGAUAAAUUGGUUAAUUCUCCAGAUGUUCUUUUGAUAAUCAAGAUUAUCAAAAUACAUGUAGAUGAAUUUCUGGAGUUAUAAUGCAUGUAAUGCAUCUACCCAAGAGUUCUGAAAGUAUUUGGGAUGACCAAAGGAGUCUGCUGAACAAUACAUGGCCCAUUUGUAAGAAAAGCUUCAGAAACAAGCUGUGGUGAUAAAGACCAGGGAAUCUUAACCUCUCUGGACCUGUCAAGCGGGAGGAGUCUUUAGUUAACAGCUUACCGCAUGGGAAAGCAAGAGGAGAGGAAUACAAGAGGAAACAGUCUCGCUCUAAUCCUGGGGAACAACGUAUAGUGUAUGAUGAUUGGUUCUAGCACCCUACUUUUUUGACAAAGAUGGUAAGAAGCCAUGUGGUAUUAUGUUAAAGAAGAGACCAUAAAGGAUUUGGGAGGAGUUUUCUUCAAAAGAUUGAAAGGCUAUGGAAGGAGAGAUGAGAGCAGAACUAAGACCACUGAGAAGACAGAUUUCAGCUCAAUAUAAGGAGGGAUUUUUUAACAUCAGUGUAGUCCCCAAAUGGAAUGAGCUAAAACAUGCCUAAAUAGAAGCUGAAUAAUAACCAGUUAGAAAUGUUAUGGGAAUUCUGCAAUGGGCAGAAGAUUGGAUCAUAUCUUUGGGCUGUUUCCAAUGGUAAAGAUUCUAUUAUUUUAUUAUGUAUAAGAAUUUUUUGAGGAGGACAAUAGGUAUAAUUGACCUUAGUAUAAUAAAAGUCAUUGCGAAGAGUGUGAAGAAAUUCCACAUUGGGGGAAAAAAAAACUAAAAUUUGGGGAAUGAUGAUAUAGAAAUUUGUCUAGUUACUUGAACAUAACAGAUGUUAAAUAUUUAUUGAUUCAAUGGAAUAACUUUAAAAAAUAAAGUUCCCCAGGAACUGAUGUGAGGGCCAGGUAUAUUGAACAUCCUUUGUGAGAAAGCUGAAAGCCUACUGUGAAAGCUACAAGUUUGAGGAGAUACAAACUCUCCUGGAAAGGAGCUGGAGGUAAAGAGCCAAGGCAAAGGUGCCAGACUACAGGAAGAUCUUUCAAGUCCAAGAGCACUCAAGUGGGUAGAUAAGAAGCAAAUGGUCAUGCAGGAAAGUACAAGAUAAUUUUAUGGGAAAUAAUUCACAACAUCAAGAGCUCUGAGCAUUCAAACUUAAAAAGAGAAUCCACUGUACUGAUGUGGGUCAAAACGGCCAGCUAAAUCAAAUGUUAGGUAUCAUCAAGAAGGGUAUCAGAAACCCUAGAACUAGACAAAUAAUGUAGAGGAUGCUAGCUAAAUUGAUCAGGAGCCAGGACAGGAAGAGAUACUGCUAUAAACGGAGA